GCUGGCUUUCCGUUCCCUUGAGUGAGAACCCUUCACAUCUUAUGUGCGUAUACUCAGCCACACUCUACCCAGCUCUGUCACUCCACAUGGAACCGGGAGAAUUUGAAGAACGCCCAACCUUUAGGUGACAGAAGAGCACAGAUGGUAUUAACAAGUGUUACAGUGGAAACUGCCAGAAGACUUUUCACUGACCAGCUGCUUUGCCAUCAUCAGCCUCAGUACAGGACAUGGAACACUUUACAGUGAGAUUCAUAAUAAAUGAACAGAAUAUACGAAAAAUAUCACUGGAUAAAAAACCAGACACACUUGAGGAACUGAAGAUAAUACUCAGAGAUAAAUUCAAUUUGGAACAUGGUUUCAAUUUAAUGUAUGAAGAUCCAGAGUUCAAUAAUGCGCUCUGCAACCUGGAUGACAUAGCAGAUUUACCAGCAAGAAGAGCUACAUUGAAACUCAUUUCAUUAUUACCCGUGGCAUCUAGCACUCCUUCCUCCACUCCUAGCUUGUCUGAUGAUACAGAGAUUCUGUCUUCACCCGCUCCAACCAGAAGAGAGAAAUGGCCAGAGUUUUUCGACAUCCCAAACUUUUCUGCGGAUGUGGAAUACAGAUUGAGACAAGCAAACCUUGCCUUCAGAAGAGACAAGAUACACACCAAUAUAACAAGGGACAUGAAGCACAAAAUAUUGGAAAAGCUAGCUGAACAGAUGUACAAAUUUGAUGCCUACCCAGAUGAGGAGCGGAUCCAUUCUGUGGCAUUAGCACUUAUAAGCAAGUACCCCUGCCUCACAGAGCCAGGCUCACCAAAUGGAUGCUCUGGUUGGAAACACAGUUUAAAAUUUAAAAUGGGGAACUACCGCACUAAAAUGAGAAGAGCAGGGUGUGUAGAUGUUUGUAUAAAUGGCGGCAAACAACGUGUUCCAGGAAUACCAUCAAAAUGCUUCAGAAGGCCAAAGAGGUUUGAGGUGAAUUAUUUACCAGGUCUCCCAGAUGGGCAGAAUGAAAAUAGCCUCGAGGCUGAGAGGAAGGUCCUGGUUGAAGAAAUGAGAAAAAAGAACCGUAGCGCAACUGCCAUUGCAUCAAAGAUGGAGCAGACCUUCCCACUGCGUAGACGGGAGAUUGUGGAGACGGCACCCCCAGUGCAGACAGUGAUGGAGCGGUGGCCAGCUCUUUUUACAGAAAAACAAGUAUAUGCAGAGUUUAACAGGAUAGCCACCACACACCUGCGAAGUGACUUUUUUGAUGCCUUGGACCGAUAUACACCACGCCUGAUCACAGUCUUCAAGUCUAAGAGAGGAAAUGUUGGCCAGACAUUGACUGAGUUACUGAAGAAAAUUAAUGAUGGAAAGCCAGAUGUGACAGCAAUGAGGUCCCUUGUUCUGAAAGGCCUCCCUGUUCUACUUGGUGAUGAACCUGAUGACUUUUACAAGACCUGCUUUGAUUCUGAGAAUGAAGAGGCCUUCACACAGAUGUCUGUCGGGGUGCUGACUUCAAUCAGAGAAGAUACGCCUCAGUGCUCUCCUAAUCAGCUCCACUUUGAUGCAGCCUCGACUGCAAUCGUCAUUGAGGGAAGGAUUGUAAUGCGUGAUCUCCUCAACCUUCCACAAGCACUUUGUCUCCUGUUUGGGUUGUUGUAUUCCUUGCACUUAGAGUAUCCUAAGUCCAUGAAAAAUACUUUCAGCUUCAUUCAGAAGGUAAUGCUUGGCUUGGGAGAGAACAAGCUUUCACCGAAACUGCAAACACUAAAAAAUCUCUUGUUAUGGCCACCUGAUUUACAAAUGUAACACAAAUCCUGAUUCUGUUUUCAUUGUGGCAUACCAGGGAUGUACAAGUAGUUCUGUAAUUCAAAAUGUGUCAUUAAUGAUUUGUUUAAAUGGUUUCAAACUAUGUGCAAUGUCUGACUAUGCAUUUUGAUAUCUUGUGUUUUUUUUUGAUACCAUGAGGAAGACAUUGGUUAUUUUCAUGUGACGGCAAUAUGUGACAAAAGUAACCAAAGGACAGGUUUUAUUUGGUGCCAAGAAGAACAUACUGAAGACAAAAACUGAAAUUGGAUAAAUAAUUUCAGGGAAAGUGGAAAUUCGAAGUACAUUAUAUUGCUCAUCUUUUUUUACUUUUUUGUUUUUUUUCUAUUAAAUUGGGUGCCAUGCAGUUGGAUGCAAACUGGUAGGGGGAAAAUAA